UCAGUGCAGGACAGCAUGGUGUCAGGCUAACCCAUCCAUCGUCCAGAUUAAACAGAUCAGUAAGAGAGAGACUUUUUAUUCAGUCUUAUAUUUCGCCAUGUUUUCUCAGUGUGUGUUAUUCGGUGGUCGGAGUUUGUUGACUGGAGCACAUCGUGCUCUGUGUGCACAGCACCAGUAUUUCAGACCAGUCUUCCCUGUGUACAGGAGCUAUAUAACACUUCCACCCUGCCAAAAUCACUCCAUUAAACCCUCAUCAAUCCCCCUGCUGUCUAAAUCUUACCACAGAGUACCAUCACUCCCAGUUCAGCCAGUAAGAAGGUCUCAUUCAUUCACCUCCACUGCUGUGCUGAAGCACGUGCUGCUGUUCGAACACGACAGAACCAGGUUCUUCAGGUUUUUAGCUCUGUUCUGUGCUGGGCAGUUAUUAUUCUGGACUUAUCUAGGGUAUAUUGCUUUUACUGGACUCCGAGAUACAAGAAAAACCAGCAAAGAGAGCAAGAAGGUCAGAGCUGAACUGGGACUCUUCAGUUUGGACAUGAAUCUUGGGUCAAAUGCCUGGAGAUAUGGGUUCACACUGGGCUGUCUGCUGAUUGGUGGAGGAAUAGUUGGACUGAGUGUGCUGUUUAGCCGGCGCUCUGUCAGCCGUGUGCUUCUGCAUAAAGGAGGAAAUACAGUGACCGUGUGUACCCAGUCACCACUAGGAGUGAACAUAGCAUGGCAUUUAACAGUGCCGUUGAAUCAAGUGGCGUGUCAUUCACACAGACAGGAAUCGCCAUCUUUCAUCCCUCUCAAAGUCAAAAAUCACAAGUUCUACUUCCUGUUGGACAAGGAGGGAAGCCUGAAUAAUCCCAAACUGUUUGAUGUGACUGUCGGAGCCUACAGACCUUUAUAGAUUACAUUUCCUUUAAAUAGUAAAACUGUUCUGUUUGUAUAAGUACAAAACAGGUGUUUUGUUAAGAAAGAAGUGCUGGAAAAACACUGGACUGAAGUGAAAAACUUUGUUUAUAUUCAUUUACAGGCUAAUACGGUCACAUUUAGCUGUGGCAGGAUUUUGAUAUACUGUUAUUUUUUUUAUUUAAACAGCAUUUGCUUGGAAAACUCACUUUUUAAUGAGAAUUUUCUUUUCAAUAUUAAACGUUUUUUAAGUUUUA